AUGUGGUCGACGUUGUGUUAUCUAGUUGGCGCUGCUUUGCUGGUGACAGCACUAGCUCAGAAUACGGAAAGCAGCGGUGAGUUUUCACCGGCAGUGAAAGCAACAUGCAAGACUGGAGUUAUGUCAAUCAAUAUCGAAUUUAACCAGCCAUUCAAUGGAUUAGCGCACGCUCGAGAGUUCAGAACUCCAGCAUGCAUGGCAAUGGGUAAUGGCAGCGAAUCUCUGAACUUUGACAUAAGUUUGAUGGCCACGCCGGGUUCACCGGAUUAUUGUGGCGUCUUCUGGAAUAAUCGGACAGACGAAAGGUCGCUGCCGCUAGCGGUUCGCGUGCACCGAACCCUGGAGUUGGCAGAUGACAAAUUUUACGUCAUCACUUGCGGCAAAACUGGCUUCAAGAAUUCCAGGAAUGAAACGUCGACUGUAUCGCUUCGAAUGCUAGACGACAAUGGCCGCAAAGUAUUGAAUGCGGCGUUUGGCUUGCAUUACACCUUGAGAGCGGAAAUAAGCAAACCCGAUGGGCUCCACGGAAUCAGAAUGAAAAAUUGCUUCGCAUUUAAUAUGCGCAACAACACCGUAGAGCUCUUGGAUCAAACAGGAUGUCCCGUUAAACAACAAUCAGUUGCUGUUAAAAAUAAAAAUGGAGUAGCGGAAUUAUCAUUAGCGUCGAUGUUCCGAUUUCCCGACUCAUCGCAGGUUAAUUUCCAGUGCGACAUCGGUGUUUGCAAAGGAAGCUGUGCAAUAGUCGACUGCACAAACGACGGCAGUUCUGAAGCGGGUGAUGAAGAAGGCAGCUUCACCGCCUCCACCAGCGUAUUCGUGCUCGAUCCCAAUGACAGUAACGUGGCAGCACUGGCGUGCGCCGAAGGCAGCGUGCGGCCGCUGUGGCUGCUGUACUUGGCGAUAGCGCUCGGUGUCAUGUUCCUGGUCAUGCUGCUCAUCAACUGCUUCCUCUGCACAGCUAUGACUUGCUCCUGCGCUAGAACGGAUGUCAUCGAAAAGGAUCCAUCUGUCGUAGAAGAUUACGAUCCUUAUCGCAGCUGGCAUGGAAGUCAGUAUGGUAGUAGAUAUCCUUCAUCCACCAUACACUCUGCAAGAUCUGUUUCAGACAACAGCGACCAUUACGCGAUAGUUCAGUCACGGCCGGGUAGCCGACACUCCGGCAUGCACAGAAAUAGACAUUAA